CAUUUUUCUCUUGCCAAACCCUUCCAUCCAACCUCCAUUAAACACACUAACAGAGCUCAUGUGACUCGCACGUGAGAGACAUCAAAGCGACGUCACUUUGAUAUGGGACCAUUAGAAACCUAAAAUAUUCCUAUUCCCUCCCCACAUCUCUAUCACUCAUUUUAUCGAACACCUUACAAGCAUGAUCCAUCUUAUAUUCUUCUUCCACCGUCUCUCCCUUUUCUUUCCUAAUUACGGAUUCAAGCCUUUGUUUGCAAACCCGGGAGAUCGAAUUGUGCUUAUAUAUUAGGGAUGGUAGAGUAGUGAAAUGGAGAAAACAAGGCUUGCUGGUGUGCCACAAGUCGUGCGGAGCAAAUCCUCUUGUUGGUAUACCACACUCUUCCCUGUCUGCAGGUUCCGCGCAUGGAAUACCUUGGCUAAAGUAUCGUGGCCAAGAAGCCUAGCAUGACAUGUGUUCGAUGAAAUGCCUCAGAGAAUAAUCUCAAGCGCAUGCUUGAAAUUUCCAACUGGAAGAGACAUGAUUGACACAUGAAGUUGAUUGGUUGCGGGAGAUUUGAUAGUAAUGAUUUAUGAAGCAUACAUUUAUGGCUGUUUUCUAGUAAUGAUUUGAGAUAUUUGAGUAAACAGUAUUUUAUUUGGGUUUUUCCUUAAUUUUAUUAAGUUAAAACAGUGUCAUUUAUGUUUCUCCGCGAAUCAAAUAAUGGUAACAGAGUGUCAUUUUACUAUUUUAAUAGGAUGAUACGAGAGAUCGUUCGGUUGAUAAUUGACUUGAUUAGAUAUAUGGAUAUUCAAAAUUUAAUUCCAAUUGAAAAACCGUAUUUUUGAACUGAUAUUUCAGAUAAUAAUGGGAGGCAUGUACUUAGAAAUAGCCUUUAUGAUAGAUACUGACAAGCACAAGGAAGAACCACAACCACGAAUGGGGCAUCACCCCACCUUUCAUUGCUGUAAGAACUCCCUUUCUUGCUUUUGAUUCACAAAAUCCCUAAGCCUUAUCUCCGUGGAUUCUCCACCAAUCACUUCACUUCCUGUACCUUCCACAUGUUUUCUUGCUCACUGUACUAGUUCAAUCACACACACUGUCUCUCCUUCCUUGUCUCUAUAUUUGAUCAAUCUCUCAAAUUAUGUUUCUUUUCUUCCUCCGUUUCUUGUCCUGCUCAUGAUCAAGUGUUCAUACCAAAGAGAUUGUCGAACCCAUUAGACAAAAACCUGUCCAGAACCAUUUGUUGUGUUGUUUCUGUGAAAAUCUCUCAUGUGGGUGUCUCAAAUUUAUCAAGAAGGUUGAAGGAAUACAUAGAGAGGUGGGUAUCAGUUAAGAGGGCACAGAGAUUGAGAAACAGAAAAAGGAUUUGAUAAUGAAGAUUCAGUGUGAUGUAUGUGAGAAAGCUCCAGCCACAGUGAUUUGUUGUGCAGAUGAGGCUGCUCUCUGCCAGAAAUGUGAUGUGGAAGUUCAUGCCGCAAACAAGUUAGCAAGCAAGCACCAGAGGCUUCUCCUUCAAUGCCUCUCCAACAAGCUCCCUCGAUGUGAUAUAUGCCAAGAGAAGGCAGCUUUCAUUUUCUGUGUUGAAGACAGAGCCCUCUUCUGUAAGGACUGUGAUGAACCCAUACAUUCCGCUGGCAACCUUUCUGCUAAUCACCAGCGGUUCCUGGCUACUGGUAUUCAGGUAGCUUUGAGCUCUAGCUGCUGCGCCAAGGGUACUGAAAAGAGCAGCUUAGACCCACCACCACCAAAUCAUAGUUCGAAGCAAACAUCGACAAAAACUCCUGUGCAGCCACAAUCCAGCUUCACUUCUCCAUGGGCUGUUGAUGAGUUCUUACAGUUGUCAGAUUUUGAAUCUUCCGACAAGAAAGAGCAACUUGAGUUUGGGGAGUUUGAAUGGCUAGCAGACAUGAAUCUCUUUGGUGAGCAACUUCCGCAGGAAACCUUAGCUGCAGCUGAAGUUCCUCAGCUUCCAAUGUCGCAAUCAAACAACGUUAGCUCUUACAGACCUCCCAAGUCGAGCAUGCCCCUCAAGAAGCCUAGAAUCGAGCUCCCAGACGACGAUGAUGAGUUCUUUACAGUACCCGAUCUUGGUUAGACUCAAAACUUUGAGUCUAUAUUAGUUAUGAAUCAAUAGGUUGAUGAUGAAACUACGUAUUUCCAUAUGUAUGUGUGUAUGUAUAUACAUAGACGUAUAGAUUGUUGCAUACGCGUUUACGUAUUUACAUAUAGAUUGUUCAUUGUUGCAUGUAUUAAGCAUUUUGUGAGUUGCAUCCAUACCAUUUCAGUAGUAUAUUCUAUCCUUUGUAAUUCUGGUUCAUUUGUUGUGUACUUCUGUUCUAAGUUUCUUUUGUUUUUGAAAGAAAGGUAGGUUGAUAUUGUUAUAUUAGA